CUUUAAGGUUUAAACCUCGAGGCCCAAUGGCCCAAAAACCCAAAACCACAUCUCAUCCUAUAUCCCCUUCUAAAACCCCCCACCACCACCACACCCGCCGCUGCUGCUGCCACCAUCAUGCUCUCAUGAACACCACAAACCACUGGCCCAGGCGGGCCUUAUUCCUCUCACGUGUCCUAUCACGUGCCUUCUCCACCACUCCCACACCUUCCUCAACGUUCCCUCUGAAGCACGUGACACGAUCCAACUUCGACUCCGUGCUCGUUGAACUCCGUUCUCACGUGCGAGCAGCCGACUUCGUGGCCAUCGACAUGGAGAUGACGGGGGUCACUAGCGCUUCAUGGCGGGAAUCAUUCGAGUUUGACCGGUUCGAUAUUCGGUAUCUUAAAGUGAAAGAUUCCGCCGAAAAAUUCGCUGUUCUUCAGUUCGGCGUUUGCCCUUUUCGCUGGGAUUCAUUUACAAUUUUUAUUGCUCAACCGCACAAUUUCUUUGUAUUUCCUCGUCAAGAGAUUCAACUUGAUGGGCCCUCUUAUGAAUUCCUCUGCCAGACAACUUCUGUGGAUUUUUUGGCUAAACACCUGUUUGAUUUCAAUGCUUGCAUACAUGAAGGAGUAUCUUACUUAUCCAGAGGACAAGAAGAUGAGGCCCGAAAGAGAUUAAAAUCACUGUAUGGAGAUCAGUUAACUAAUCCGUCGCAUGAUUUUAGAGAAACAAUGGACUUGCCAUUGGUCCGAGUGGCAGAUGUUCUCUUCGCUGAAAGAAUGAAGAAAAGAUUGAGUGAAUGGCGUGAUGAGUUGUUACAACAUAGGGUCAGUGGGUCUCAAGGUCAUGGGGUUUCGGAUGACUUAAAUCAACAAUUUCAAACAGUUUUCUUCAAGAUGCGUCCUGCUCUGAGUUUGAAUGGAUUCACUUCUCAUCAACUUAGUCUGAUUCGAAUGGUCACAAGGAAGCAUUUCAAAGAUCUUACUUAUGUUCAUUUCAAUGGUGAAAGUUCCUCACAAGAAUUAGUGGUUUAUACAGAUUCAGAGAGUGAUAAGGAUAGACUUGUGGAGGAGGUGAAGAAAGAGCAUCACAGAAGGGCAGAAAUGAAGAUAAAUGCUGCAGUGGGGUUUCGUCAUGUGAUUGAUCUCCUUUCCUCAGAAAAUAAGUUGAUUGUUGGUCACAACUGCAUCCUAGAUAUUGCUCACAUGCACAGCAAAUUCCUAGGUCCUCUUCCUUUGACUGCUGAAGAAUUUGUCUCCUGCAUUAACAAGUACUUCCCAAAUAUCAUUGACACCAAAAUACUAUUGAAUGCUGACUACACAUUACAACGGCAGAUAAAGAAAUCUAGCACAUCAUUAUCCUCGGCAUUUUCCUUAUUAUGCCCAGAAAUUGCUCACGGGUUUAAAAGUAAACUUCUGCCUUCUCAGCCAUAUGUUAAAGUUGAAGUCCAUGUGGAUGACAUGAGGUCCUCUGAUUGGAACUCUGGAGCCAAGCAUGAAGCUGGCUAUGAUGCUUUUAUGACAGGCUGUGUGUUUGCACAGGCGUGCAGUCACCUAGGCAUUGAUUUUCAACUUCAUUCACCUUCUGAAAAUCUUGCCCAGAAUGAAAAGCUCCAGAAGCACGUGAACCUUCUGUAUCUGAGUUGGAUUAAUGGAGACAUUAUCGAUCUAAGGACUGGUAACCAGACUGCAGAGUUGUUGGGCUCUAAUAUCAAAAGAAAGCGAUUUCCACCAGUCUUAUUUGAGAACAGUGUUUUAAUCUGGGGAUUCCCAUCACAGCUGAAACCUGGUGUGAUAAGAGAAUGCAUCUGCAAAACCCUUGGCCCUACCUCUGUUAUUUCCAUCUACCGUAUUGAUCAAACUGCGGUCUUCGUUCAAUUCAGCAAGUCGGAGUUGGUAUCAGACUUUCUGAUUUUGAAAGAAAGCCUGGAGCAAACUAACGAUGCAAUUUCGGUUUUGCAUCCUCUUUCACAACUAUUGGAAGGUGGAAAUACUUAUGCCGCUAGAUAUGAAACUUAUAAAGAGAUCUGUGCGUCACCUAUGUCAGAAGUGUUAUUUGCAGAUCAAGCAGAGGCUGUAGGUAUCAAAUGGAAGACCGAAUCGAUACCAUCCAAUGUAGGGGAAAAUGCAUCGGAUACCCCAGAGGCUGUUGAAAAAUCCAAGAGAAGAAAGACAGAGGAUGUAGGGAAUGAUUCAUCAAAGAAACAGUUGACAUGUGAUGAGAUCAUUGAUUCAUUUCUUAAAGUGGAAAAGAUUAGAAGAACCACUAAUUUGUAACUUGGGCUGUAAGGCCAUUUUUUGAGCUCGUUUCCCUCUUACUUCAUUGUGUAAUCUGUAUGACAUCGAGAUUUUGGUAUACAGAUGUAGGUUCUGAAUUCGAAAUGAAGGUUACAUUUUGAUGGCAAUUUUUAAGCCAUCUUCUGUACAUGAAUAAUACUUUGUCUUCCAAAUAUAAUUCCUAUUCUUGACCAGAUUGCAUGUCUCUUUUGAAUGG